AUGCCUUGCCCAUCGAAACUGGAUGACUUGAUUUUCUUUGUGAAUGGGAGAAAGGUGAUAGAGAGGAAUGUGGACCCAGAAGUCACUCUGCUGACCUUCUUACAAAAGAACUUACGCCUCACAGGAACCAAGUACGCCUGUGGAGGAGGAGGGUGCGGAGCCUGCACUGUGAUGGUGUCGAAGCGUGACCCGCUGUCCGCGAAGAUCAGACACUUCUCCAUUACUGCAUGCCUGGUGCCCAUCUGCUCUCUGUAUGGGGCUGCUGUCACCACCGUGGAAGGUGUUGGAAGCAUCAACACCAGGCUUCACCCAGUGCAGGAGAGGAUUGCCAAGAGCCAUGGCACCCAGUGUGGGUUCUGCACCCCUGGGAUGGUGAUGUCCAUGUACACGCUGCUUAGGAACCACCCGCAGCCCUCAGAGGAACAGCUCAUGGAAGCCCUGGGAGGUAAUCUGUGCCACUGCACUGGGUAUCGGCCAAUUCUCGCAAGUGGAAGGACCUUCUGUGUGGAGUCAAAUGGCUGUCAACAGAAAGGAACAGGAAAAUGCUGCUUGGAUCCUGGAGGAAAUGAUUCUUCCUCACUCCGCAGGGAAAGUGACAUUUGCACAGAGUUAUUUGCAGAAGUUGAGUUCCAGCCCUUGGACCCUACCCAGGAGCUCAUAUUUCCCCCAGAACUCUUGAGAAUGGCAGAGAAGCCAUAAAAACAAACCCUGACCUUUUGUGGAGAGAGGGUUACCUGGAUCUCCCCUGGCACCCUCAAGGAUCUCCUGGAGCUGAAAGCCAAACAUCCUGAAGCCCCUCUCAUCUCGGGCAACACCUCACUGGGACCUGCAAUGAAAUCUCAAGGACAUUUUCACCCAAUUCUCCUCUCUCCUGCUAGGAUUUCUGAGCUCAGUAUGGUAUCCAAAACAAGGGAUGGACUGACAAUAGGUGCCGGCUGUAGUCUGGCCCAAGUAAAAGACAUUUUGGCUGAGCGAGUUUCCGAGCUUCCAGAGGAGAAAACUCAGACAUACCGAGCCCUCCUGAAGCACCUGAAGAGUCUGGCGGGCCAGCAGAUCCGGAAUAUGGCAUCCUUAGGGGGACAUAUUAUAAGCCGGCACUGCUAUUCGGAUCUGAAUCCAAUUUUGGCUGUGGGCAACGCUACCUUCAAUCUGCUAUCAGAAGAAGGUACACGCCAGAUUCCUCUAAACGAACAUUCUCUUGGCGGGUUGGCAAGUGCAGACCUUAAGCCAGAGGAAAUUUUGGAAUCUGUGUACAUCCCACACUCUCAAAAGUGGGAAUUUGUGUCAGCCUUCCGACAGGCUCAGGGCCAGCACAAUGCCUUGGCCGACGUGAGUGCUGGCAUGCGGGUCCUCCUCAAGGAAGGCACAGAGGCCAUUGAGGACCUGAGCAUCUCCUACGGAGGGGUUGGGGCCGCCACGGUCAGCGCACAGAAAUCCUGCCAGCAGCUUGUGGGGAGGCCCUAGAAUGAGCUGAUGCUAGAGGAAGCUUGCAGGCUGCUUCUGGAAGAAGUCUCCCUCCCAGGCUGGGCUCCAGGGGGGAACGUGGAAUUCAAGAGGACUCUGGUGGUCAGUUUCUUCUUCAAAUACUACCUGGAAGUUCUGCAGGAACUGAAGAAGCUAGGAAAGCUGAUGCCUGACAGCCAUCAUUAUCCCGAAAUUUCAGACCAAUUCCUAGGUGCUCUAGAAGAUUUCCCUGUCACAGGACCCCAGGGAGUCCAAAGGUACCAGAGUGUGGAUUCUCACCAAUCCCUCCAAGACCCAGUUGGACGUCCCAUCAUGCACCUAUCAGGUCUUAAUCAUACUACAGGUGAAGCCAUAUUUUGUGAUGACAUUCCAAUGGUGGAUAGAGAACUUUUCAUGGUUUUGGUGACCAGUACCAGAGCCCAUGCAAAAAUCAUAUCAAUUGACUGGUCUGAGGCCCUUGAACUACCUGGGGUGGUUGAGGUGAUAACAGCUGAGGACAUUCCAGGCACCACUGGCACUGAGGAUGACAAGCUGAUGGCUGUAGAUGAGGUGCUUUGCGUGGGCCGCAUCAUCUGUGCUGUGGUUGCAGAGACAGAUGUACAGGCAAAGGGUGCAACUGAAAAGAUAAAGAUCACCUAUGAAGAUCUGGAGCCAGUAAUCUUCACCAUCAACGAUGCCAUAAGGCACAACUCAUUCCUAUGCCCUGAAAAAAGACUUGAACAAGGAAACGUUGAGGAGGCAUUUGAAAAAGUUGAUCAAAUUAUUGAAGGAGAGGUCCAUGUUGGAGGACAGUAACAUUUUUACAUGGAAACACAAAGAGUGCUUGUUAUUCCGAAGGCAGAGGACGAAGAACUGGACAUUUAUGUGUCAACACAGGAUCCAGCCCAUGUGCAGAAAACAGUGUCCUCUACUUUAAACAUCCCCAUCAAUAGGAUCACCUGUCACGUCAAAAGGGUGGGUGGAGGUUUUGGCGGGAACAUAGGAAGACCAGCCGUAUUUGGAGCUAUUGCAGCUGUGGGCGCGCUUAGAACUGGUCAGCCCAUUCGUCUUGUUCUUGGUCGUGAAGAUGAUAUGCUAACAACAGGGGAGCACCCAUUAUUUGGAAAACAUAAAGUGGGAUUCAUGAACAAUGGGCGAAUCAAAGCUCUGGAUAUUGAGUGCUUCAUUAAUGGAGGAUGCAUGCUGGAUGACUCUGAGCUGGUAACAGAAUUUCUCAUAUUAAAGCUGGAAAAUGCAUAUAAAAUCCGCAACCUCAGGUUCCAGGGCCGUGCAUGCAUGACAAAUCUACCAUCUAAUACAGCCUUUCGUGGAUUUGGCUUCCCACAGAUUCUGAUAACAGAAUCUUGCAUCACAGCUGUGGCAGCCAAAUGUGGCCUUCUGCCAGAAAAGAUUAGGGAGAAAAACAUGUACAAAACAGUUGAUAAAACCAUCUACAAACAAACGUUCAGCCCUGAGACCCUGAUCAGAUGUUGGAAUGAGUGUCUGGACAAGUCUUCCUUUCACAGCAGGAGAAUGCAAGUGGAAGAGUUUAACAAGAAGAAUUACUGGAAGAAGAAAGGCAUGGCAAUCAUCCCCAUGAUGUUUUCAGUCGGCUUUGCUGCAACAAGCUAUCAUCAGGCAGCUGCUCUUGUUCAUAUCUACACCGAUGGCUCUGUAUUGGUCACACAUGGAGGCAACGAACUGGGACAAGGUAUUCACACCAAAAUGCUGCAGGUGGCCAGCUGUGAAUUAAAAAUACCCAUGUCUUCUAUGCACAUCUGUGAAACAAGUACGGCCAUGGUGCCCAACACCAUUGCUACAGCAGCUUCCAUUGGUUCGGAUGUCAAUGGCAGGGCUGUGCAGAACGCUUGUCAGAUCCUUCUGAAACGCCUUGAGCCCAUCAUUAAGAAAAAUCCAGAAGGUACAUGGGAAGACUGGGUAAGUGUUCCACUCUCUGCUUUUGAACAAAGAAUCAGUCUUUCGGCCACUGGAUAUUUCAGGGGCUACAAGGCUUUCAUGGACUGGGAGAAGGGAGGAGACCCUUUUCCGUACUAUGUCUAUGGAGCAGCCUGUUCCGAGGUUGAAACUGACUGCCUGACAGGAGAUCACAAGAAAAUCAGAACAGACAUCAUCAUGGAUACAUGUUGCAGCCUAAAUCCCGCCAUUGAUAUUGGGCAGGUUGAAGUUUCCUUUAUUCAGGGAAUGGGCCUUUAUACCACUGAAGAGCUGAAAUAUUCCCCAGAAGGUGUUCUGUACUCUCGAGGCCCAGAUGAGUACAAAAUUCCAACCGUCACUGAUGUCCCAGAGGAAUUCAAUGUCUCCCUGUUGCCAUCAUCACAAACCCCACCAACCAUCUAUUCAUCCAAGGGCCUGGGGGAGUCCGGGAUGUUCCUGGGCUCAUCUGUGUUCUUUGCCAUCACUGACGCGGUGGCCGCAGCACGCAGGGAAAGAGACAUAGCUGAGGACUUCACAGUGAGGAGCCCAGCAACGCCAGAAUGGGUUCGAAUGGCUUGUGCAGAUCGGUUCACAGAGAUGAUCCCAAGAGAUGACCCAAAGACAUUUAAACCUUGGUCUAUCCCUAUAGCGUAACAUUGCUGUCAUUUCCUAAAAGGUGUUUCAGUUUUUCACAAGUAAAAAGGUGAUUUGUUAAUCCAAACUGGUAUUCUUAUACUGUGGUGGAAAAAAGACACAAAUUUUAGAAACACUAUUCAAGUCUGAUUAGGUUAAAGAUUAAUCACUAUUUAUAAAUUAUUUACUUAGACUUUCUAGGCUAGAGGCCACCAGACAAAUUUUGCAAUAUACACAAUAGCCAAGUUUAAGUUUGAUUUGUUUCUGAAGAUAUCAUGUAAAUAUUGCUCUAAAAGCAAAUUGUUUCUUUCUGUGUCCAUCCAAUCUAACUGGACUAGUAAUGCAAGUUACAAACCUAUAAUGAAAGACACUUCUCAGUAAAUAAAUAUGUGAUUAGGUUUUGUUUUGUUCCUACUGUGAAUUAGCUGUGGGUCUGUGCAUGAGCAUUUGACAGCAAAGGAGUGGUAUUUUAGUCAUGUAGGUCAGCUAUUCAACUGGUUAACAUUCUUUUGGAAUUUGGAGAUAAAAAGGCAAUGUAAAAACAUAUUCAAUGUAUUAUCAUAAAACCCUUUAAUUUUUUGUGUAUAGAAAAUAUCUGAUCUAGUAUCAGUUUCAGAAAUACUUCCCUGCUCAGUUUCCCAUAUAUUGAAGGGAGUAACACAGAGCAAAAGAGUUCUAAAUUGUAAUCAUCCCAACGUUGUAGUUUAAAACAUGUGGGAUCCACCAAAUUCCAUUGAUCUGAGUUUUUGAGGCCAUCAGAGGAGAAUAUGAAUUAGGCCUUAUUUGACCAGAAAGUCAGGAGGUAAACUGACACUCUGUCAGCCAGAGUUUGCAUGAUGAAGUCACCAAGCCACCAUCUGCAAGGACUCCAGAAGUGAAUGAGCGAUGGGGGGCUGAUCUGAGAGCACUGGGUGACGUGGAGGCAGAGAUCAGGCUUGCGGUAGGGGAGGCUAUAGGUCGCUGGAGGCAGUGAGCACAUCUGUUGAAGGGACUGGGAUACGGUUGUGCACAGGCCUGUCCACUGACUUUGGAGGCUUCACUAGGGCCACAGAAGUUUAAGGGAAGAAGUGGGACUGAAGCACAAAGAGAAAGGAGACUAGAACAGAGAAGUCAUAGGCAGGACAAAAAAUUACACAAGGUUUUUGCACACAUAAGCAGAAGAGCUUGGGAAUUUAGUGGGAGUAGCCAGGGCAAAAUAAGCUGAAAGUAAAAAAAAAAAAAAAAAAAGUUUUGGCUCUCAGAAAUAAAAUCCUUAACUGUGUAAUCUAAUGUGAAUAUAAGAAAUUUGUUUUGGGGCACCUGGGUGGCUCAGUCAGUUAAGUCAUAAUGGGGGGGUCCUGAGAUCGAGCCCCAC